AUGCCUGGUUUCGCCUUAGUUACAUCCAAUGCCACUGAUAAAUCGGCACUUCUCGCCUUCGAGUCUGGAAUUAGUUAUGAUCCUAACAGCAUCUUGGCAACCAACUGGAGCAUUGGAACUGAUUUCUGGACAGGAAUCACCUGUAGCUUCACAAGACAGAGUUACUGCCCUCAGACUCCCUUUCAGGGUUUCCAUGGCUACAUCCCGCAAGAGCUUGGCCGUUUACGCCGAUUGAAACUACUGGUUCCAGAAGUGAACCAGUUGGAAGGAAGUAUCCCACCAAGCAUAGGCCAGUGCAAGGAGCUGCAAGUCAUGUCUCUAGUAUUCAACAACUUAAGUGGCAGCAUACCCAGAGAGUUGGGUUCCUUACCUAAGCUCGAGAAAUUGUAUCUAGGUCAAAACAACCUUAUAGGCUCCAUUCCAUCAUCUCUAGGCAACAUCUCAACACUAACGGAAUUGAUUCUACGGACCAACAAAUUGACAGGUUCUAUUCCUGAAAAUAUAUUCAACCUCACUUCUCUUGUAUCCAUUUAUGUUGGACACAAUUUUCUCUCCGGUUCUCUGCCAAAGGAUAUAUGUCAAAAUAAUCAUAAGCUUGAAGAAAUCCUUCUUCAAAACAAUCAGCUCAGUGGCCAUGUCCCUUCAACUAUAUACAGAUGUAAACAACUAACGCGAUUAUCUUUGCCUUUAAAUAAAUUUGAUGGAAACGUACCGCCAGAGUUAGGCAACCUAUCCAUGCUUGAGUUCUUGCAUCUUAAUGGUAAUGGAUUUCAUGGCAGCAUACCAUCAACUCUAGGUAGCCUAUCUAUGCUUCAGAUCCUGUAUCUUGCUAAUAACCGUCUAUCUGGUACUAUUCCCCCUUCCAUAGGCAAUAUCUCAAGUUUACAGUAUCUUUGCCUUGAAAAUAACUCCAUUCACGGAAAUAUUCCUGGUCACUUGGGACAACUCAACAACUUGCUUAGUGAAAAUAUUCCAUCAAAUUUGUCCAGUUCUUCAAAGCUUACAGAUCUGCAUCUAUCUGACAACUUAUUUGAUGGACCUGUUCCUCUGAAUCUUGGUCAGUUGCACCUGCUCAAGCGAUUCAAUGUAGGAUUUAAUCAACUUACGGGAGAGGAUGGAAUUUCUGAACUGAGGGUUUUCACUGCUUUGUCAAAUUGUAGUUCCUUGCGGUGGAUGGUCAUAGAGUACAAUCCAUUGAAUGGCUCUAUGCCAAGUUUCAACGGAAAUCAUUCGAAUCCCCUACAAACGACAUCUGCAGCAGGAUGCCAUUUACAAGGACCCAUUCCUAAAAGGAUUGGGUCUUUUAAGAAGAUAAAUUAUCUUAUUUUGGGUGACAACAGUUUGAGUGGAGUCAUCCCACCGGAGAUUGCAGGACUAGAUAGCUUCCAGAGACUAUAUCUUGACAGCAACUUGCUUGAGGGGUUGAUUCCAAACGAAAUCUGUCAGUUGACAAACUUGGGGGAGCUAUACUUUCCGCUUGGUAGCAGCAUUGGAAUUCUUGGAUCUGUCCUAUCUGGGGAAAUACCAAAAUCUCUCCAGGCAUUGAAGUAUCUCAGAUACUUGAAUCUGUCUGUCAAUAACCUGUCAGGAGAGAUUCCAAGUAAAGGACCUUUUGCAAACUUCAAAGCGGAAUCCAUUUUAGCAAAUAGAGGACUCUGUGGGAAGCUAGGCAUUGCAUCAUUAGCAGCUCUUGUUUCUUUCUUUUAUUUGUUGAGAGCUUUCCGGACAAGGAAACUUCAAGUUUCGAAUUCAGUAGGUUUAGUGCCUGCAGUGGAGUGGCGAAUGUGGUCAUAUCAUGAACUUGUUUGGGCUACAGAUAACUUCUGCGAAGCAAAUCUACUUGGCGUAGGAAGCAUCAGUUCUGUAUACAAGGGAUUGAUUUCAGAUGGGACUAUUGUUGCUAUCAAAGUACUAAACUUACAGCAAGAGCGUGCAAUGCGAAGUUUUGAUGCAGAAUGUAAGGUUCUGCGGGAGAUUUGCCUUAGGAAUCUCAUUAAAGUAAUAAGUCCAUGCUCUAAUCUUGACUUCAGAGCCUUGGUUCUCCAGUACAUGUCGAACGGAAGCCUUGAUAAGUGGUUGUAUUCUCAUAAUUAUUUCCUGAAUCUCCAACAAAGAGUGUGCAUAAUGCUGGAUGUCGCACUGCCAUUGGAAUAUCUUCACCAUGGCCAACUAGAGCUCAUAGUACACUGUGAUCUAAAACCAAACAAUGUCCUUCUAGAUGAAGCCAUGGUAGCACAUGUGGGCGACUUUGGCAUUGCGAAGAUUUUGGAGAAACGCAAUAUUACGAUGCAAACCAGAACUUUAAGCACAUUUGGCUACAUUGCACCAGAGUACGGCUUUGAAGGAAGAGUUUCAACAGACUGAUGUGUACAAUUACGGAAUAGUGUUACUGGAGGUGCUCACCAGGAAGAAACCCACAAAUGAAAUGUUCUCUGCAAACAGAAGCUUAGGCAGUGGGUGCACGAAGCUUUUCCUGACAACAUAGUGCAAGUAGUUGAUAGCAACCUACUCAUGGAAAGAGAUGGGACUUCAAUGGAAACGGGAGAUCA